CAUUCUGUUUAAACCAUUUUUCUUUUCCCGAUUCCUUACCAAAUCUGAAACCGAUGUUUAUAGAACAGAUUCAAUGGACCAGCAUUUCAUACACUACUUCCAUUUACAACUUGUUAUUCCAUGAAAACAGCAUGAAAUAUUACCAGAGCUGAUUGAUGUGGGGGAUAGAUAGAGCUUGUCACUUAGUAUUCACUAUUCAAUCAUGCUGCUUUCUGAGUGUGUGCAACUUGCAUUAUUGUCUUAAAAGGAGACACUAUUAGCAAAUCGUACCCAUAAAUACUUGAAAUAUAACAAGAGUUAUCAACACUGUCCACAUCUUUGGAGUGGCCAAAGCUUGCCCAUUUUAGUGCAAUACCUUUACGAUGACUUUAAUACGUUUGAUACAUUAUGACCUUUUGUCUUCCCUAGAGAAAAAAACCAGAUGUUUGUUGCUUCAUCUUCCAACUUAUAAGAUAAAUCAGUGUCGCCUUUUGCUAGGGCUCUUUAUCUUCCAACUGCAAUUUAAAAAUAGGCUAAAUUGCAAAUUUGGUCCCCUUAUUUGUCUCAGAUUUCGAUUUUGGUCCCCCUAUAAUUUAAUUCACCAAUUGAGUCCCUCAUUUAUGUCCAAUCCCGUUAUUUUAGUUUCCAACCCCGAAAUUGGACCUUGACUGUUAGUUGUAAACGUUGACCGCCACGUGUCGUGCUUUUAUUGGACCUCAAAACCUUCUCCCUCAUACUCUCCCAACAAGCCAAAUCGGAAUUGUCAGACAUGAUCUUUUAAGUCUAUGAUUAUUCUUGUCAGAUUGCAUUUCUUUUUGUUCAAUUACUUAUUUAAUUGCGCCUCUUCUUGUUGGGAAUUUUCAUUUGUUUGAUUACUCCUUCGAUUCUCCUGCUCAAGCUGCUUCAAUGGUUGCUGACAAAAAAAAAGCUGCUUCAAUGUGAAGAUGUGUACCUCUGACUGAAAUCUUGAAGCUACCUCUGAUGGACAAAAGCAAUGGCUGCAGCUUCUCUAGUGUGACUUCAAUUGCUGUCUUCUCAAGUGCCAUUUUUGUUGUAACUUUGAUUUUGGUUUGUCUCCUUUAUGUCAUGUAUUGUAGCAGCAGAUCCUUGAGCAAAAGGGUUUUAAAACCUGCCACUACCCUUUUUAUUUUAAGAUCAGGUGGUCAUACUGCUGAGAUGCUCAAUCUAUUAUUGGUAGUGUUGCAGAAAGAUAGGUUCAAGCCAAGAUUCUACAUUGCUGCUGCUACUGACAUGAGUCUUCAAGCAUUGCUCAUAUUCUUCGCUCCUUUCGAGAACCGCAUGCCGGCAGAAAGAUCGGUGGUUCUGAACGACAGUUACAGCUUCGAGACUGUGCUCUGCGCGUACCCUUUUCUGAGUAGUGUUCUUUUUGCGGUGUUUGGUGUUGCGUACUCAAUGUGGUUCUUGUUCUCAUGUUGGAGGAUUUUGUCACUUGUCAUAAGCAAAGGCUUGAGGGUGAGAAUUUACGUGUUGGCUUCGAUUGUGCUCGUGGCGCGACACGUGGUGGUCAACGUUUGCAACUAACAGUCAAUGUUCAAUUUCGGGGUUGGGGACUAAAAUAACGGAAUUGGACAUAAAUGGGGGACUCAAUUGGUGAAUUAAAUUAUAGGGGAUCAAAAUCGAAAUCUGAGACAAAUAGGGGGACCAAAUUUGUAAUUUAGCCUUAAAAAUAUUUAUGAAGAGAUUUCAAAAUGAAAGUUGACUAAAAUAUAUUUUCUUUUGCAACACUUAUGUCAAAAUAACCU